AUGCCUGUGGUCUCGUUGAGUGUCAUGCUCUUGCAGGCGUUGUCACUGCUACAGUGCAUUAUUUUGACUCUCGGCCAGUAUGAAAUUUGUAAGUCGCUGGUAAGCACAGAAAAUGGAACGACAUGGGAAUUUUACGCUUGUCAACCCAAACCCAUGUCAAUGAAAGAAUUUGUGAAGAUCAAAGUGGAGCCUCCAGGCAUCACCUGCGGAAAUCCACCGGAGCGGUUUUGCACACUUGAAAACCCAUACAUGUGCAGCGAUGAAUGUGAUGCAUCCACCCCAGACCUCGCUCACCCUCCAGAGCUGAUGAAGGAUCGUGAGAGCAGCGGACUCAUCACCUACUGGCAAACGGUCACGUGGAGCCGUUACCCCGAGCCUCUCCUUGCCAACAUCACGCUGUCCUGGAACAAAAGCCUGGAGCUGACGGACGACAUCCAAAUUACCUUCGAGUACGGCCGGCCCACCAUCAUGAUCCUGGAGAAGUCCCUGGACAAAGGACGCACCUGGCAGCCUUAUCAGUACUACGCUGAUGACUGUUUCGAGGCGUUCAGUAUGGAGCCGAAAAAGGUUCAGGACCUGUCACCUGCCAAGGCGACACAGGUCAUCUGCACAGAGGAGUACUCUCGCUGGGUGGGCUCAAAGAACGAGAAGAACGUCAAGUUCGAGGUGCUGUCGCGUUUCGCCAUAUUUGCAGGUCCCAAGCUGCAGAAGAUGGACAACCUGUAUACACGCAUGGAGAGUAUGAAAGGGUUAAAGGACUUCUUCACCUUCACCGACCUUCGGCUGUGCCUGCUCAGACCAGCGCUCGGGGGAACCUACGUACAAAGAGACAACCUCCUCAAGUACUUCUACGCUAUCUCCAACAUAGAGGUUCCAGCCAGGUGUAAAUGUAACCUGCACGCUGGGCAGUGCACCUUCCGAGAGGGCAGCCUUCAGUGUGAGUGUGAACACAACACCACGGGCCAAGACUGCUCUCGCUGUAAGAGAGGAUUCAAAGCCAAGUCCUGGAGGCCUGGAUCCUACCUACCCACACCUAAUGGAUCACCCAACACCUGUGAAGCAGCAGGGAGUCUUGGUGAAUGUGAGUGUAACGGCCACUCAAACCGCUGCAGCUAUAUCGAUUUUAUCAACAUUGUGACGUGUGUGAGCUGCAAACACAACACUAGGGGGCAGAGCUGUCAGCACUGUCGCUUGGGAUACUUCCGGAACGCCUCGGCCGAGCUGGACGAUGAAAAUGUUUGCAUAGAGUGUAACUGUAAUCAGCUAGGCUCGCUGCAUGCCCGCUGUAAUGAGACAGGAUUUUGCCAAUGCAAAGAAGGCUCCACUGGCCAGAAGUGUGAGGACUGCCUGCCGGGGUACAACUGGAAACAGGGCUGCGUGCUGAAUGUGUGUGAUGAUGAGAUGCUGUUGUGUCAGAAUGGCGGGACCUGUUUUCAGAAUCAGAAGUGUCUGUGCCUGCCCGAGUAUAAGGGGGUGUUGUGCGAGCAGCCGCGUUGCGAUGGCGAGAAAGGCUGCGACGGAGCCUCGGCCUUCUACCUCAGCCUUCCCACCAUGCUUCUCUGCCUCUUCGCCAGCUCCACGCUUAAAGACAGAGCCUAG